AUGACUACGGCCGAAAGUGAAAGAUGCUUUUCGACAUUGAAGAGAAUAAAAACAUUUUUGCGAAGUUCUAUGAAUGAAGAAAGACUGUCAGCCGUAGCAAUGCUACGCUGUUCUGAAAUUGAGUCCAUGUUCCUGUUGACAAUGCAGACUACAAAAGAAAAAUAUUCGUCAAAAACAAAAGCUCCAGCUGCUGACCAUGAUAAUCAAUACAGCAAUGUGGUUGGAAAUAAGAAAAAUGAUACAGUCAGCCUCAGGGCAAAAACAAAGCCUUGA